AUGGCUGAAGAUUCUCUUGGCAAAAAUUAUGUAUUUGAAUCUUCUUUUGAUAGUUGUAAAGGAUUUGGUUCUACAUUACUAAGCGCUGGUGGAAUAAUAGCAUACCUUCUCAUAAAUAUUUCUUAUUCUUUUUCGGAUCAAUAUUCAGGAUUUGUUAUUGGGUUCCCGUUCGAAAAUUCCUUUGUAAAUAACAGUAAUUUUUAUAAUUUAACAUCAAGAGAAUAUAUUUUUGGCUUUGCCUUUGAAAAACACUUUGUUUCACAUUGCAAUUUGAUUAAAUGUAAUGAACAAUCUAAAGCAAUAAUCUUAUGCGCUAUUAGAACCUAUCUUUCUUUAAGUGAAUGCUUUAUUAAAGAAAACACAUCUCCUUUAUUUAUCAAUAUUGAAUAUAAUGCGAAAGUUGAUAUUUAUCUUUCACUUUAUGAUAAUAAUUCGAUAGACCAGAUAUCUAAUGAACCAGAUAAAAUUCAUAUGGAAUCUCCCCAGAUAUUUAGUAGAAUAGAAACAAAUUAUUUGUCGACUGUCUUUUGCCAUGCAGAGAAACCCCUAGAAGUGUAUGAAUUAGAAAUUAAUCAAUAUUGUCCAAGAUUGAUCUCUAAGAUGAAUAUUUUUCCAUUAUUUCAUGUUUUCGCAAGUUGUACAAACAAAACUAAAUCUAAAGCCCCUAAAACAAUGAUUAACUUGAAUAGUAAAAUCAAGAGUUAUAAAUCAAAAGUAGAAUCAAAGAUUCGAGCGAAACUUAAACCUAAAUCAAAAACAAAUUGA